GUGUGGUAAUCAUCAUAAAGGAAUUGGAGGACGAAAGCACAAUCUCUAUCGAUGGACCUUGCAGGUAUCUGCGAAAAUGCCCAUGGUUUGGCCACCAUCAACGCGCUCAUCUCAACUCAAUCCGAAUGCCAAUCCAUUCCAACCAGCCUACCAGCGAUCACAACCUCUUCCCCAGUAAGUGUUCACUACUGGUUAGGGAUACAAUUCUUCGUAGACCCUCGUCUACCUGCUGUUGUGCAGAAAGGUCCUUGGGCUGCUUUCACUUUCCGCUCCCACAGAAUUUCACCUCCCGUAGGAAGGAAUGUCAUGUGUCGGGUUUUCUUCAGUUUCUCUUGCCACCUUGUUUUUGAAUUUUUAUUUUGUCUACGAUACAUGCUUCCUCGCUUUCCUCGGAAAAGACGCUCUCUUGCUCCUUUUUCUCAUGGCAAUCCUUUUCUUAUCGUUUCUUUUGUUCUGUUGUGAUUGAGGAUACGCAGAAAGGUCCAGUCACGAUAGAAUUGGAUUCUAGAAACUUUAAUAAUUGAUGUCGCCGUAACUGCUUAGUCUAUCCCAUCACUCUACUGCUUUGCUAUAGUGUAGUGCAGAUUCGCUAGCAGCGUGCCGUCAUUCCUAGAGGGUUGUGUCGAAGCGCUGCAUGUCCUUACAGAACCCCUUAUCAAAAAAGUUUUCAGAGCACAUCGGUCGUCUCAACCAGCUAUUGUCAAUCCUUUGCCAGUCAAAAGUACGGGUAAGGCUGGCCGUUUUCAUCAAAGUUCGCUGGACGACCCUCAUAGAUGGUAAAUACCAAUAGUUAUGCAACCGAGCCCCUUUUUUCAGCGGUGAGCUUCCGACGCUUAUGCUUUGCCAUCGACAAUGCGAAUAAUCGAUUUAAGACUGUUGCUUCCGAUACGGAGACAAGUGUGGAACCAGAGAAAAAGCCACAGCUACUGGAUAGUAUGGCUGGGAUCCUCAAGUAUGUUAUACUUGGACAAUGUGUAGCGACAAACUUGAAUCUGCAAUAAUGUUUUUCCUGCAGGAUAAGGGUAAGGAGAGGGGUAGGGGGAAGGGAAGGACAGGGAAGGGAAGAGGGAGGAGAUAGAGUUUUCUUCGGGGAAGUCUUCCCAUUGGAGGCUGGUAUUAACGUUAUUUAGUUCACAAUAACGAGUUCUCUGGACGACCAUCUGGCUCUUACAGUAUUUCGGCCAUGUGUCCUGACUCGAACGUUUGGGCAUGAAGCAAAUGGCUAGAUAGCAUGUGUUUGCUGCGGAUCUACGCGACUAAGGAACUUAUUCGAAUGCCGUUACUGCGGUACUGAACAACAUUGAGCGACGAAUGAAGAGAGUGGCGAUAUCCCACUUAAAAAUAUGACUUCAAUAACUGUUGACAGAGUUGAAGGACUCGUAGAAGAUUGUGCCAGGAUCACUCUGGUACAAUCUUCUGGCUAUGUGUCAUAUGCCUCCCCUCCUGUAAGGCUUUGUGACUGGAAAUCGGUGGAGAAUAUACUUCAGCUCUAUGAGAGACGCUUGCCACUCGCGUUUGCGAAUAUACGAUUGAAUCUGAUCCUAAGCUGGCGCUGA